AUGCUCAAGGAGUCUGAACAAGCCAACAGCCAGCCAGUGGCUGAACUGCAAGAAGAGUCGGUGUGCAGUGUUAGCAACACCCUAGGCAUGCCACUCACUCGACCGGACGAGGAUCAGCUGCUUGUGAUCAACGAGUGCAAGCUGGAACAGAGCGAAUAUAUGCUAAGCUCUUCACAGGAACGCGCUACGAUUCCAAUGUAUCAUAUCGUUGGCGCCAUGAUGGACACGAGAUCAAGUGCCAGUGUAUGCAGCGAUACGAGCGAGAUGUCCGUCUCGGACGAUCGCCUACGCGGGAAGCGAGGCAGAAAGCCGCGAAGCAAGGCUGUAUCGUCGCCCAACCUGGUUGGCAUCGACGAUGCAUCCUCUGCCAAGCGGCUGGCUGUCUCCUUUAUUGGAGGCAACGCCGAUGGAGCAGCCGCCAACGAAGUCGCCGCUGGAGCCGCCGCUGGAACCGCCGCUGAAACCGCCGCUGGAACCGCUUCUGAAAUCGCCGCUGGAACCGCCGCUGGAGCCGCCGAUGGAGCCGCCGCUGGAGUCGCCGAUGGAGUUGCUGCUGCUACUGCCGCCACUGCACCCGCUACGGUGGCCGCUAUCGCCCGACUGAGCGCGCCUGCCUGUCCAGCUCCUGCUGGUAGUUUUGUUGCUGCCAGUGUGGUGAAGGAAGGGUCUGAUGCCGUAUUGGCGCAGCUGGCGGGUGUAGACCAGACGGUGAGGUCCGCUGUGCUACGCGCUGGACUGGCGCCGGAAGCGGCCAUCGCCGUCCUGGAGGCAACUGCCCGGCUUAGCGAGCUGGUGUCCGCGCUAGUUGUGUGA